CAUGGCAGCUGCACGACAAUCACACCAUCUAUCAUCUUUCCUUCUCGUCCUUGUUGUGAUCACCACCCAUCUCCUACCCUUGUGUUCAUCAACCACCUCCCCUGCAAUCAAUACCGCAAGAGAUGUCGUGCAGGUUGAUGCCCACCUGAAGUCGACGCUUCAUGAGAAGGCUCACAUUGCAGAACACGGAGCCUGUCCCCCUCCGGCGAGUUCUCGGCAUCGUCGCCACAAAAGGAGGCCACACCACCACCACCGUCACAGAUCAAGGCCAAAAGGUCACCCCGCGGCGGCCAGCAUCGAGAUCCCUCUGCAGCUUCGCAAUGGGCAGUACUACUUCAUGAAUCUCUCCAUGGGAACUCCACCCGUCCACUUCUCCGCCGUUGUUGACACAGGCAGUGAUCUUACUUGGACCAAGUGCGACUGCCCUGGCUGCUCUUACGCUAGCGGCAGCAGGACGUUAAACCCCAGUGCCUCCUCCUCCUAUACAGAUUUGCCGUGCACGGAUGCAUUGUGCAACGCCUAUUGCGAAGAUGAGGGUGGCUGCACCUACACCCAAACUUAUGGGUCUUUAGAGCAGAGCCAUGGGUAUCUGUACAAGGAGACCAUGACCUUGGGAUCCAUGGCGGCUAAGAAUGUCACCUUCGGAUGCAGCUUUGAUGAGUCGAGUUUCGAAAUGACCGCCGGAAUCGUUGGCCUCGGCCGCGGCCCCCGGUCGCUCGUAGCUCAAUUGGGCUCCAUGAUUGACUACCAAUUCUCCUUCUGCUUGAGUGGGUUGAGUGAUUCCAGGCCCAGCCGUCUCGUGCUUGGGCCUGGGCCUUCCUUCAUUCAUGGUGGCAUCAGUGCUCCAAUGCUGACCAACAGCAAGAUGCCGCAUGUUUACUUUGUGGCUUUGAAGGGCAUCAGUGUGGGAGGGAAGCGCCUGCAGAUCCCAGCUUGGGUUUUCCAAAUCGACCAGACAGGAACUGGAGGUUUCUUUGUCGACUCGGGUUCCCGUUACAUGUGUCUUGUUGAACCAGCAUACAGCCAAGUACUGGGUGCAUUCGCCGAGGCAAUUGGUUUACCGAUUGUGGGUAGCCCGAUCCCUGAUCUCAGUGCGUGCUUCAAAGGCUUGCCUGGUUCAUUAUCAAUCCCAAGUCUCACACUUCAUUUUCAGAAUGGUGAUCUGCAUUUGCCUCUAGAGAACUAUUUCGUUGUUGUGACGGAAGAUGAGUUGUCAUGCUUAGCAAUUAUCAGGACACCAUUCGGGCGAUCAUUUUCUGUCAUUGGAAGCAUGACAGUGCAGAAUAUACAUGUCAAUUAUAAUGUUGGAAAGAGCUUAAUGACCUUCACACCUACACAAUGUGAUAAAUUGUGAGGGUUUUCUUAAAUGUAGUCUUCUUUUUCUUCUUGCUUUUGUGUUUGAUCAA